CAAGAGCUGCAGGCAGUGGUUUCAGGUAGGCGAGGGCAGUUUCAUUGAAUUUUCUCAUAAUUUUGCUCUGAUUUAGAAUUUGGAACUGUAUUCUUUUCAGUUUUCUUCACUCCAAACUCAACUCUCAACAUUUUCAUCCAUUGCCAAGGCUUGCAGUUGAAUUCCUUUCAUAUUACCUUUGAAAAAUCCAUUUAGUUUUGUAGAUCUCGUCUGCUAAUUAUUGUACCUGUGUCUCAGUAGUCACGGGAUCUUCAGUGUUUAGCAAAACAAAAAUUCAUUGCUUUUCUUGACGUCGGGAAGCUUCAUCCAUCACUAUCAAAUUAGCAGAUGUAUUCUGCUAACUUCGGGCGUGAAUGUUACUAAGAUGCCUUUGAAUGCUGAUAUCUCGACAGCUCUGCAGCUACUUGAGAGUAUCCAGCUGACCGUGAAUCAGAGCGAUGAUCCGAAGCUGCAGGCUCAAACCAGUGCUGACCUCAACCUGCUCAUCUCUGCCUUGGAGAAUCCAAUAUUCCGAAGCAUUGUAACUAUUCAGGAUUCUUUGUCUGAAUUGAAUGUGCAACUUCACCAGCAUCCGAGCAUUCUGCCAGUGGACUUUGACAUCAACGUAGCCGGUGAACUGGUGCUGAAUCUUCCCCCUCCGAUCUACUACCCGACCACCCCUACCCCCACUACCAACACUGAGCUAGAUGACCAGUUGGUGCCCGUUGCAAAGCUCUCGCAAAGCUCCAGUGGAGAACCAAACUCACCUCCAGUAAUCAGCAGUCCAGGAGCAGAGGAUGUCUCACUGCCUCCCAUCACUACACCAACAUAUGCCCUUGAAUUCCAGAAGGCCAUCGAAGAAUCAUCCCAGGGACGUGAUGUUCUUACUGUCAAGCUGUUCAAACCGGAUGGAAGCAGUCUCGGCUUCAGUGUGGUUGGAUUGAAGAGCGAGGAGAAGGGAGAACUGGGCAUCUUCGUGCAGGAGAUACAACCUACUGGAAUCGCUGGCCGAGACGGUCGUUUACACGAGGGGGACCAGAUCCUGGCAAUAGAUGGGCAGCCGCUGGACUGCGCGAUCUCGCACCAGCAGGCGAUCGCGAUUCUGCAGAAGGCGCGCGGCCUUGUCGAGUUGGUGGUAGCUCGCCACCCCACCACCACCGCCUCCACCACUCCGCCUCCAGCCAGCGCCGCCUCCGCCUCAGCCGCCACUCCGCCGCCCCCACCGCGCGAUCGCUCCCCCUCCGCGCUCUCCGACACCUCCAAGGCUGGCUCCGAUAUGGUCUUGAAUACAGAAUGGGCCCAGGUUGAAGUGAUAGAUCUAAUAAACGAUGGAUCAGGACUUGGAUUCGGCAUCAUCGGAGGCAGAAGCACCGGCGUUGUCGUUAAGACCAUUCUGCCAGGGGGCGUCGCCGACAGGGACGCACGCCUGCAGAGCGGCGACCACAUCCUGCAGAUCGGCGAGGUGAACCUGCGCGGCAUGGGUUCGGAACAGGUGGCCUCCGUUCUGCGCCAGUCCGGCAGUCACGUGCGCCUGGUGGUGGCGCGCCCAGUCGAGCCAACUGCACCCGACUACCAGGCGCUGGGCAGCCAUGCGCCCAUAGUGCCAACCAAGAUCCUCGCCGACCCUGACGAACUGGACCGGCACCUGGUGCAGAACGGCUACCCCGAGGUCACCUACAACCCCGCCAACGGCCAUAUCAUCGACACCUAUGAGAACCCUUUCAUCUACAGUGGACACGACGCCGCCGACCGAGACAGACAUGGACAUGACUCCAGCCUUGUUGUGGACGUUGUUCGCCCCACCCUCCCCAACACUCCCUCCCUCCCCCUCCUCACCAUGGACAUGAUCCCUCCCCAAACACAGCUGCCUGAGAUGGACAAAUUCACCGUCGAACUCAGAAAAGAUAGUCAUGGAUUAGGAAUAACAAUUGCUGGAUACGUGUGUGAAAAAGAGGAACUAUCUGGAAUAUUUGUGAAGAGCAUAAGUGAAGGCAGUGCGGCUGACGUCUGCAAGAAGAUCCAAGUGAAUGACCGCAUUGUCGAGGUUGACGGGCAAUCGCUGCAGGGCUACACUAACCACGAGGCGGUGGAGGUACUGCGAGCUACCGGGCAGACAGUGUGCCUGUGCCUGGAGCGCUACCUGCGAGGUCCCAAGUUCGAGCAGCUGCAGCAAGCCAUCGCCAACAGCGAGCUCAAGCCCCCCACACCUAACUCGCCGUCGGCAACAUCUCUGCCGCGAUUCCCACUCAAUCCGGAUGGAGAGUCAACAACCGAGAUGGACGUGGAUGUGGAGCCGGAGGGCGAGUCUCGCACCACCAUGGACUCGUUGGUUCUACACGAGCACGAGGCUCUGUCGAGGGCGAGCGACCUCGAGGACGUGCAACUGCUCAUCGAUGACGACUUCGAGGGUCCCCUCGAGCCGGCCGUCGAAUCCGCCAUACAGGCCAAAUGGAGCAAGAUUCUUGGUCCUGAUGUUGAGAUUGUUGUUGGCCAACUGUGCAAGUUUGGCGAGGGCGGCGGCCUGGGCAUCAGCCUGGAGGGCACGGUGGACGUGGAGGAUGGCCAGGAGGUGAGGCCGCACCACUACAUCCGCUCCAUCCUGGCCGAGGGCCCUGUCGGUCAGAACAACAAGCUAAGAUCGGGAGACGAACUGCUCGAGGUGAACGGACAUCGGCUGCUGGGCAUGAAUCACAUCGAAGUAGUUACCAUUCUCAAGGACCUGCCGAUGCAUGUGCGUAUGGUGUGCGCGCGCAGAAAGGGUGACGCCCCCGGAUUCGGCCGUCUUAUUGACACAUCACAGGAUCGCGCCGCAUUCGCUGCCAGAAAUCUUCUGGGUGGCAGUUUGCAAAACCUGAUCCCGGCGAUGGAGCGGCUGGUGAAGGCCAAAUCGGACGGCUCCCUUGCUUCAACGGCGACCGCCACUGUCACCACCGACCCGAGCCUCUCCAAGCUCAAGUCUCGCUCGCUGGAGCCGCUCACCGGCCUGGCCAUGUGGAGCUCGGAGCCGCACAUCAUCGAACUGCUCAAGGGCGAACGCGGCCUUGGCUUCUCCAUUCUCGACUACCAGGACCCGAUGAACGCGAGUGAGACAGUGAUAGUGAUCCGGUCGUUGGUGCCAGGUGGCGUGGCGCAGGUAGACGGCCGUCUGAUCCCAGGCGACCGCCUGCUCUCAGUGAAUGACACGGCGCUGGACAACGCGUCGCUAGACCAGACGGUGCAGGCGCUGAAAGGCGCCGCCAAGGGCGUCGUUCGGAUCGGCGUUGCCAAACCGUUGCCGAUUCCCGACUCGGUCAGCCACAGUCAGGAAUUCGUUGAGGGAUUGAGUCAAGCAACUCCAACUCUUGAUGAUCAUUCCAUGUACAGCUGUUCGGGGUCACUGCCCUCAGACAUUGAAGAUGAUGAGGAUAUUCCCCCCGCUCUUCCAACUACUCUACCUCCUAUUGAAGAUUUGAACACGGAUGACCAAUUGAGCAACGAUGAAUUGCAGAUAGAAGAGGCUUCAACGCCGGACACGUUGCUGCAAGAGGAAGAAGACAUGGCGUUGGAUGUGGUUGGUGAGGAGACGCUGAAGACACCACUGCCGGCCUCACUCGAAGUCAACAUCAAGUUCAACAAGGGUUCCGACCCUUUAGGGGUGACGUUGGACUGUUGCGAUGGUGGUGCUAACGGCAUGGUCGUGACGGAACUGUCUGAUGCCGGAUCAUUGUCUCACGACGGUCGUAUCGUUGUCGGAGACCUCAUCAUCGCCGUUAAUAACGAGAGCCUGCGUCGCGUGUCCAAGGCACAGGCUAGGGCUGUUCUUAGGAGGGCCAACCUGCUUACAGCUGAAAUUAAUGUAACGUACAUACCGCUGAAAGCUGUUCUGGAAUAUAGUCGAUCAACGCAACACGCAGAGCCCGCUGUUCAAAAUCGCAAGCCGAGUCUCCAUAUAUCUCCAAGGAUAUUUCCUGAGUACUAUCGUCCGAACAUUGGACAGGAGACACAACAGCCAGUAGCAGUAGAGGCGGUAGAUGCGGUAGAUGCGGGGGCGGCACCCGAGGAUGAAUGCGGGGGUGGUCAGGAGGCGGUGAGGAGUGUGCUGUCACCGGUGACCAGUGGUGACAACGAGUCAUUCGCCGACUGUGACGAGGAACUGAAGACGGGUGGUGACGUCACAGACACCUCUGACGAGAAACUCCCCUUCCGCGAUCCCGACUUCAGUGUUAGUGACUUGAGUGACCAAGAGGUCGAAGUCGAAACAAGUCCUAAACACGCAGUGACUAUCUGUAGUGUAGACCAGGUUCACAUAUUCGAAAGUGCCAUAAGCGAUUCCGAACUAUACUCAGCAAGAACUUCAGAACAGUUGAAAUCGGGUGAUAGUGUUUCUAUAGGUUCUAGUAUUAGUUUAAGUUUAGAAAAUUCAAAGGAGGAGCCAGUGAUUGAGGAGUUGGUGAAGAGUGACGAUUUAAAAUCGAAAGCGGAGGAGGAUAGUAUAGAAGUGAUAGAUUCUAGGCAAAGUUUGAGUGGAGUGUUGGUGGACGAUCGGUCGGAAGGUGACACACUCAAGGAAGACACAAACUCGCAGUUGAGUGUGAACGUAGAGUUGCCGAGGCCGUUGAAUGAGACACACCACAAGAGUACACUGUCAGUGUGUCUGGUGGAUGAGGAUCCACUGCCUGUGCCAACCUAUAGCAGCAAGUCGGAGCGAGACGUUCGCGCGCCCUUGGCGAAGGAUGGGUGCGUUCGGAGGAAGCUGCUGAGGUCGGCGAGCACCGGUCAGGAGGUGGACGAGUCGAGGAUGACGGUCACUCACGCGGCCACCUCGCAGUCGUCCUCGAUACUGCUCGACAAGCACUGGGGGCCGGAGCGAGCUGUCAAGGUGCUACGCGAGCCCAACAGCAGUCUCGGUAUCAGCAUUGUCGGCGGAAAGGUCGAUCUAUACAAUGCUGGGCCAGACAGUGGGUCAGCGAUUUCUGGUAUUUUCAUAAAAAAUGUGCUUCCAUUGAGUCCAGCUGGUCGAACAGGAGAGCUAAAGACUGGUGAUCGUAUCCUAGAAGUGGAUGGCAUUGACUUGCGCCAUGCCAGUCAUGAGAGGGCGGUGGAUGUCAUCAGAGCGGCAGGAAAUCCUGUGCACUUCCUUGUUCAAUCGCUAGUACAAUGGAGUGUGGAUGGAGAUGGGGAAAGUUCUGGAAUGGAGGAUGGCUUGAGGAAGGGGAGCUCUCGCCGCAGAGCCCCUGCACCCCCCUCCCCCCAUGGGGAGCUGCUCAAGACAUCUCCCUACCCGAUUCCUCACCCACGAACACCCACUCCAGAACUUAUCCAGGAAGGCUUGACGGACGAGCAAAAGCAAGGCGUGAGCAGCCGCCCCUCGAUGAAAGUGCGGGCUCCCCAGCCGCCUUCGGGGGCGGCACAGAAGCCAGCCGCCUCCAAGCGCUACUCGUCCGACAGCGAGGAUAGUGAAGACAGCGAAGAUGAUACUCGACUCAUGGAGGGUCGCAUCUACACUAAAAAAGGAGUCGAGAUAUCACGUGCCAGUGCUGGAAACGUUAAGAGGUCAAAAGAGGAAAUUGAAGCAGAUCCGGAGGAAGAAGAUGACUUUGGAUACACCGCAAAUAAGGUGAAGAAGAAAUAUGGCGCCCUCGGCGGGGCGGUGGUGGUGGCCCAGUUGGAGCGCGGACACCAAGGCCUGGGCAUCAGCCUGGCCGGACACCGCGACCGCACGCGCAUGGCCGUCUUUGUGUGCGGCAUCAACCCCAAGGGUCAGGCACACAAGGCGCAGGCGCUCAAGGUCGGCGAUGAGAUUCUCGAGGUGAAUGGAGUUGUUCUGCAUGGAAGGUGUCACCUGAACGCAUCAGCCAUCAUAAAGGGACUUCCCGGUCCUGUCUUUAAAGUCAUCGUUCUAAGGAGACAGACUGGCUUGGAAGAUCUAGCUGUGAAGCCAAUAACACAGUUUCCAGUGUCAUUGGAUGAUGAGACACCCGAGCAGAAGUACGCCAACUUCAAGGGACUGCGAACAGUCGCUAUCAGAAAGCCUGGCAGUGCAGUUGAGACCCACACUGCAAGUUCCCCCACCCAACAGACUGGACAGGGUCUCGGGAUCAUGAUAAUAGAGGGUCGCCACACCGAGGUGGGGCAAGGCAUUUUCAUAUCAGACAUUCAGGAGGGCAGUGCAGCUGAACAGGCCGGCUUGGUUGUUGGUGACAUGAUACUAGCUGUUAACAAGGACUCGCUCCUUGGUUCCAAUUACGAUGCGGCGGCAGCUUUGUUGAAGAAGACUGAGGGCAUGGUGUCCCUGGUUGUAUGCAACCCCAACCAGGGCAAGGAUGAAGAUAAGAAGACCCCUGCCGACGGUCCAGCCAGGACCACGACGCCAACCCCUGCCAAGGAGGCCGAAAAACCAAAAUUGGCGCCGAAACCUGUGUUUACGGAAUCGGUGGCUUGCGCAGAGGAACCCCCGCCAGACCCCGCGACGGCGCAGAUCACUCCUGGUUCGGAGUCCACCAUCGAAAUCAACAAGGACAAGAUUGGACUCGGUCUCAGUAUAGUCGGUGGAUCAGACACCUUACUGGGAGUAAUUAUUAUUCACGAAGUCUAUCCAGACGGAGCGGCAGCGAAAGAUGGCCGAUUAAAACCUGGUGAUCAAUUAUUAGAAGUUAAUAGCGAAGAUUUCCGUAGUAUUUCUCAUAGUAAAGCUCUGGCGGCUCUUAGACAAACACCAGCAAAGGUUAAAAUGGUUGUAUAUAGGGAUGAAGUUGUAAGUUCAGGGAAAGAGGAGGACAUUCUAGACGUGGUGGAGGUGGAAUUAACGAAGAAACCUGGUAAAGGCCUUGGACUGAGCAUAGUUGGCAGGAAAAAUGGUCCUGGAAUAUUCAUUUCUGAUGUAGUGCAAGGAGGUGCGGCCGGCACUGAUGGAAGACUGAUGAAGGGAGAUCAAAUUCUGGCCGUCAACGGCCAAGACCUGAAGGCGGCCAAUCAGGAGGAGGCAGCUGCCGUACUCAAAACUACGGCCGGCAAAGUCACCAUCAAGCUAGGCAGACUCAAAGCCAGCGAAGGAGGUUGGCGAACAGUGGUUCUGGAGAAGGGAGUAGAGGGUCUGGGCUUCAGCAUCGUGGGUGGCCGGAGCUCGCCGCACGGCGAUAUGCCCAUCUACGUGAAGACGGUGUUCGAGCGGGGUGCGGCCGCGUGCGCGGGGGGGCAGCUGAGGCGGGGCGACCACAUCAUCGCCGUUGACGGCCUUUCGCUCGAUGGACUCACUCACCAGGAGGCGGUCGCCGUACUCAAGCGCACUCACGGCACUGUCACGCUCACCGUCCAGCCUUAGAAUAAAAACAUAACCUGACUAUCAAACCGAUUUCAAACCAACCUAACCUAAUAGACCCAGCCUUAUAAUGAAAACAUAACCUGUCCAUUAGAUACCAAUCAAAGCAGAUGUCAAUCAAACCUAACCUAAUAGACCCAUCCUAACUUAACGUACCUCUUCCAAAACCAUCCUAACCUAACAUACCUGUUCCUAAACCAUCCUAACCUAACAUACCUUUUCCUAAACCAUUCUAACCUAGCAUACCUGGUCCCAAACUAUCCUAACCUAACAUACCUCCCCUAAACCAUCCUAACCUAACAUGACUUAACCCUAUUCCAACCUGACAUUCCACCCAACUCAACAUUUCCGAUCCAAACCAUACAUAACAUAACAUAACUGAUUUGAACCCAAUCUAACCUUAUACAGAGUGUCCCAUAAAAGGGUUAACAACCGAAAAAGACAUUAAUUCUACAUGGAAUUUUGAAACAAAAAUUUCCAGUAAAAUUGUUCUUAUAUUGAUCUUAGUUUUUGAGAUAUAUUGAUUUUUCGAUAUUUUUAAAAAAUGACAAUAACCAGAAAACCAUCAAGGUUUAACCAAUAAACCAUCACUAAUCAGACACAAUUCAAUUCUAAGGAUAUGGUUGGAAAAAGAAAUAAAUUUCGAAUAAGAUUUAUAAUAAUGCGCUCCUUUAUUAAGGGUACGGUACUUGAAUUUUUUAACAUUUAUUUCGUGAUAAUGUGUUCCUUUGUUUGACAUUCUUGAACUUUCCAUGAGCGCUUAAAGUUGGAAAAAAUACCUACAUUCAUCAAAUUCAAGGGCAAAUUUCAAGCAGUUUGAAUGCUCAUAAAACGUUCAAAAACUUCAAACAAAGUAACAAAUUAUACGAAUCUUAUUAAAAAUUUCUUCCUCUUUCCAACCAUAUCCUUGGAAUUUAGAUGUUGACUGAUAGUUUUCCAGUUAUUGACGUUUUUCAAAAAUAAAAAAAAUCUAUAGGCUAUAUCUCAAAAACUCAAAAAGGUCGAUAUGAGAAAAAAAUUGACUGGACAAUUUUUGUUGCGGAUUUCAUGUAGAAUCUAUGGUCUUCUGCUGUUACAUCAUUCGUGGGACACUAUAACUGAUCCUAACCCAACUUGAACAAAUAAUGUUACAGAUCCUGUUCCAAUGGGAUUACAACCAUACCCAAUGCACUGUGCUAUUAUCCUUCAAGAUGAAUUUAGAAAAAAAAUUGUAACUUUAUUUACUGUUGAAAUACUAAACUAUGCGAUUACUUAUAAACUGGGUUCAGGGUAAAAUUGUGUUUACAGGGAUAUUUAUCAUUUAUAUUGAUCAUUUUUAGCUGUUAGUUCUGAUAUAGCAUCCUACCUUGUAUGCUCCUAGUAAUGGAUUACUAUUGAUUAUUCAUUCAAUUUAUAUUGUGUUAUCCUAAAAAAAGAAUUGACAAAAUUAACAAUGAAAAUCACAUUAAUUUUAGUAUAUAGCCUAAGCCAUGUCAUAACUCGAGUACAUAUUAAGAUGACAUCUCUUAGAAAUUGUAAUGCAAUGAAUUAAAAGAGUAGAGAUAAAUCAGAUCAUCAAAAGAUAAAAAUACGUUACAUGAAGAAAAACGUUGUUUCAGUCGCUCAUGUCUAUUAAAUUUGUAGUCAUUUCGGCUUGUCGAUGUUGAAGAACUGUCUUCAGAUUUGAAAAAGAGCACAUCAAUACACCAUUAAUUUUGUGUUCAAUUUAAAUAUAUAAAUAAAUAGGUGGGUCAAAUAGAGUAAUGUCCACUCUAGUAUGAUGCGAUCUCGAGUUUUAUGCAUUGGUAAUGAGAUUAAGUCUACAUUGACCAUUUUUUUAAAUUGUCAUAUAAUCAAAAAGUGUUGAUUUCAUUUGGAAGUGUAAGAACAAACUGCAAGAGAUAGUUUAUCAGUUUUGUAGACAAGGAUCCUUCAAUAUGCUGGCGCUGUUUUGUUGAAACAACAAAGUGAAAACGAUAUCAGAUAGCUGUGUAUUAUAUCUAGGUAGGCCACUACAAUAAAAAAUUUGAACUCAAGAAUUUUAAGAUUCUUAAAUUGAAGUGUGUUUCCUAUGUCGUCCAUCGCCGUUUACUGUUUUAUAUCGGCAUCUUUAAAAAUAGCAUAAACAUAAAAAACCAGUGCAGCUGACUUGAAAUAUUUCCAACUUGAUAAUAAUGCAGAGCUAAGGAUGCAUUUAUUGUGAAUAUUGAUAUUACCAUGCUCAAAAUAUUGACCUACAGUAUUCACUUUUUUGAAUGUAUCAAUGUUGAUAUAAAAUGACAAUGUUUUAGAGUACGAAACUUAUUCUAUUUAAAUGUUGAUAACACUAGGAAAAAAUUUAGAAUAAUUUAUUCACUUAUUAUUUCUUGCACUUCUAGUAAUAAUAUUAUUAAGUUUGAAAAGAUUUUUCCGAAUUGUUUCAACCUCAGAAGACUAUCAAUUUACCGUACCGGUACCAGAUUAUUCUGUAGUAUAAAAAACAGAUAUCUGAAAUUGCAUUUUAUAUUAUGUUAUUCUCAUGCGCUUUUAUUAAUAAUUACCGUAUGCUACUACGAAGUUAUUAUAAGCUCACUUGAUUAAUACACUACUUGUUACUUAAUUUUUAAUCCUUGAUAGCUUUAGAAAUUGUUAUAUUUUAUUUGUUAAUGUACAAUGCAGAGAGCUUCAUAACUCCCUACCAAUAUUGUAGGGCAUUGUUCCUGGUUACCUGUGUCUUACCCAGAUACAAUGCCCUAGAAUAUUGGUAGGGAGUUCUGAAACACUCUGUAUAGUAAGAUGUUGAAUUCAAUCUUGAAGAUUCAAUUAAUAUUGGUUGAGUGUUGAAUACAUUUGCAACGUAACUUGAUUGUCAAAUUUUGAUAUUUUGAAUUCAGCUAAUCAGUUGGAGUUUCUCAAUAUUCAUAUUUAUUUCCUCAAUAUCUCCUUGAAAUAAUUAUAGUGAAUCAACAUUCUCAGCCCUGUGGUAUUCCAUUCUAAAAUUGAGAAUGGAGAUACAUUUCUUUGAUAGAUGAUUCACUUUGAAGGAUAAUUUGUGCCAUAUUUAGACGACACUCGAUCAUAUAGUUUGACUCGAAAAUAGAUACUUCUCAUUUUUUAUAAUGAGAAAAGUGUUUUUAGAACCCCUUCUACAAUCUUCAGUUCUCCUGAACUUGCUGUCAACGCCUUGAAAACUUACAGGGAAAUGUAUGAUUGGGCUGAAAUCGUAUACUUUUGAACCUGUUUAUAUCCGGAGUAAUGUUUAUUUAAAUAUAUGUGUAUAUUAAAAAUAGUUUGAUUCAGUUAAUUUCUAUAUUUUUUCUCGGGAAGAAGAAAUUUCAAGCAUUUCAUCAAUUCUUAUUAGAUCUUACAAAGAUAACUCUUGCCUAGAUUUAGGAUAAAUGAUAUACAUAUAUUAAUAUGUAUUGUAUAGAUGAUUGAUGUGUUUACCAUGAAUAUUCACAAUAACUAUCAUAAGAUAGAGCUCAAAAAACUGAUGAAUAUUUGUGUCAUCAGAUCAUAAGACAUCUUAUCACAAAUAUAACUAGAAACGGGUUUGCAAAUGUUCAAAUAACUUCCGUUUGAGUCAAAACUAUACGAAUCAGUCUGAUAUACGUCGAACUUGAGUUGAAUUCAUGUUUGGAAUACCUAAAACUAAUAGGAAUAAUUAUGUAUUAAGCCAUAACUACUCUAGAAACUGAACAAUGUGAUAUCGGACAGUAUAAAUAGAUAUUUAAGUCAGUGCCAUGAAGUGAAACGAUCGCGGGGUUUGGUGUGAUUGAAGUGCGGUAAGACAAGUGACAGGCCUAUUAAUGGAAAAACGAAAACUAUUGUAGGGUUUAGCCAGUGGGACCACAAGAACACUUUUUGUUAGAAAUGUAGUUGACGAAUUUGGAUGGUAUCGCUUGUAGGCCUGAGGUGAGGAAUGAUAUAGCAUCACAUCAAUGCAACUCAUCUGAUAAAAUUUUAGUGUUAAUUAGAUAUUAAAUGAGUUAAUUAUUAGGUCUGUAUAUUAUUGAAUACUAUGAGAACUUGAGGUUAGUCGCUGGGCCAUUAGAUUAAAACUACUUACUAAUAUAUCGCUAUUAAGUGCUUGAUUGACAUUUUUGAAUAAGAAACUCUGUAGAUAACUUUGGCGAUUCUCUUCUAUAAUGUAGAUUUGAGAUGUUCAAGUAUAUUUUUAAAGGUUCCUUUAUGUGAUAACAUGUCGCUGAUCGUCGAUUUUCUAUCUAUAAUAGGUGGAAACUUUGUUGAUGAUUUCAGUUUCACUUUUGGUGUUGUAGAUAUUUAAUGAAAUGUUGAAUACUGUUCAAAUUUUAAAUCGUUACAUUCUAUAUACAGAAGAAACAAAAAUAAUGAAGAAUUUACUCUAUGGCAACAAUUUAGAUAAUACUAAUUGAUAAGUGCUAGUAAAGUGUUUAGGAAAUUGUAAGGCUACUGUAUUCUAAGAAUUAAAACAAAAGCAUUCUCUAAGCAUUUUGUAAAACUUGACCUGUACUGUCAGAAUGUGGUUUGUUAGUAGGUGAUAAUUAAUAAGUCUUUAAUUAACAACAUAAUUGUACCUUUUAACGAGCAUUAUGAUCUUAUCAUGUGUGAUACAAAGGAAUUGGGAUAGUCACAAUAAUUGAGAUAUUUGUGAAGUCAUGUAAGUGCCAAUAUUGAAUAAUCAUUCAUUUUCAAUAAUGAGCAUCAUUCAAUCGUCAUUGUUCCAUUGACCCUUGUGAGAGCGAGUUCAAAGCAUACACAUAAUAAAAGAAAACCUACAUUCAAUCUUUUUUGCGCUGAGUAAAUUCUUUGCUUUUUUAGUGGACUUUUCUGAAUCUUAUGUUAAUCGUAUUUACCACUUAAACUCAUUGUUAGAUUGCAUAAGUUUCUUUCUUUUACUGAAAACAAAUCUUGAAUAUUCUUUCUUGGAAUAAAAUAUUAUACACUGAUA